UGCAUGGAGUGCGGGAAGGCCUUCAACCGCAGGUCACACCUCACAUGGCACCAGCAGAUUCACACCGGAGUGAGACCCUUUGAAUGCAAUGAAUGUGGGAAAGCCUUUUGCGACAGCACGGACCUCAUUCAGCACUACGUCAUCCACACGGGAGAGAAGCCAUACAAGUGCCUCGAGUGUGGGAAGGCCUUCUACCGCCGGUCACACCUCAAGCAGCAUCAGCGGAGUCACACUGGGGAGAAGCCCUAUGUGUGCGGUGAGUGUGGAAAGGCCUUCACCCACUGCUCUACUUUCAUCUUGCACAAAAGGGCCCACACUGGAGAAAAACCCUACGAGUGCAAGGAAUGUGGGAAAGCCUUUAGCAAUCGAUCAGACCUCAUCCGACACUUCAGCAUCCACACUGAGGAGAAACCCUACGAGUGCACGGAGUGCGGGAAGGCCUUCAACCGCCGGUCAUACCUCACGAGACACCAGCGGAUUCACAGUGGAGAGAAGCCCUAUGAAUGCGUGGAGUGCGGUAAAGCCUUUUGCCAGAGGGCAAACCUUAUUCGACAUGCUAUCAUCCACACUGGGGAGAAGCCCUAUGAGUGCAACGAGUGUGGAAAGGCCUUUACGUACUGCUACACUUUUAUCUUGCAUAAAAGGGCUCACAUUGGAGAAAAACCCUUUGAGUGUAAAGAAUGUGGGAGAGCCUUCAGCACUAAGAAAGACCUCAUUCGACACAUCAGCAUCCAUGCUGGAGAGAAGCCCUACGAGUGCACGGAGUGCGGGAAGGCCUUCAACCGCCGGUCAGGGCUCACGAGGCACCAGCGGAUUCACAGUGGAGAGAAGCCCUAUGAAUGCAUGGAGUGUGGGAAAUCCUUCUGCUGGAGCACCAGUCUCAUCCGACACUCCGUUAUCCACACCGGAGAGAAGCCCUAUGAGUGCAGUGAGUGUGGGAAAGCCUUCAGUCGCAACUCGUCCCUCACUCAGCAUCAGAGGAUUCAUACUGGGAGAAACCCUGUCCGUGUAACCGAAGUGGGAAGACCCUUCAUGAGCGGGCAGAUGGUCUACCACCAAGAACUCCUGUUGGGGAAAGACUUCUUGAAUGUAACCACUGAGGAAACUUCUUACUCAGAAUCUGAUCAUUCAUACCAAAGAGAACCCCCUCAGUUUCCUUCCCGAUGAGAAACCCUCUGUUGCAGGACAUCAUUUGUCAUCUGAGGAGUCAGACGGGAAACUUACCCCAUCUGGAGCCUUACCCUGCAUCUGAGAAUUCAUCCAUGAGUGUGAUCCAAUCAUUCUCAUGCACUUAGCGUAACCAUCAGCCACAUCUUUCUCCUCAGUUUACACUGAAAAAUUAUCUCAGGGAUAUUUAAACAAAGGAGGAAAAGACAUAAAAGAGAAAGAAAUACAAGCUUGGCUUCUUUCAGACUUCUGUUACAAGCCGAUGGCAGUUUGUUUUUCCUUAUCUCAUUUGGGAAAGGGGAGGAUGUUGUUUCAGAGUUCACAGAGCCUUGUCCCCUCUUUCUUAUGUGUGUUUCCACUGCUGUCCAUUUCAGGACAGUUGGACAUUUAAGGUGUGUCUAAAAACAUUUAUUGAAAGCCUUUGUUCUGCAGCUUUGUCUCUACCCUUGAGUAGC